UGACGGCGACGGGUGUGCGUGAUCUCGUGAGCCUCUCGAUGCGGGAACGAUCGAGCCGAUCGAGGAUUUGUUAGACGGACAGAAACGAGAGGACCACCGGGCUGCCUAGCUUCUCCCCGUAGUGCCGGCCGUGUUUGAGGACCGCGGGAUCCUGCGUGCACCGUAUUGAGCGAACGACGAGGCUCACCGUCGCGAUGAGAUACAUCUUGGGUAACACAUUCGCGAUCACCGCUUCGGCAACGAUCCUUAUCUUAGUUUUGUAUUAUGUAUUCACUGGCAAGGGAGAGCAGGUCAGCGUUGGAUGGUUCUUGACGAAUACCUCUCCGUACAUGUGGUGCACGUUGGGCAUAGGUCUGUCGGUGGCUCUGUCCGUGGUAGGCGCGGCACUAGGUAUCCACACAACGGGAGUGUCUAUCGUUGGCGGUGGCGUGAAAGCCCCUAGGAUCAAGACGAAGAAUUUGAUUUCUGUGAUAUUCUGCGAGGCCGUAGCCAUCUACGGCCUGAUCACUGCCAUCGUGCUGUCCGGGAUGCUCGAGAAAUUCACGUACGCGACGGCGUACGAGAACGAGGCGGUCAGGAAUCAGAACUGGUUGUCCGGAUACCUGAUGUUUGGCGCUGGCUUCGCCGUCGGCCUCGUCAAUCUUUUCUGCGGCAUAGCGGUCGGCAUCGUCGGCUCCGGCGCUGCUCUCGCCGACGCGGCCAACUCUGCCCUUUUCGUAAAGAUUCUCAUAGUCGAGAUCUUCGGUUCCGCUAUAGGGCUCUUCGGUUUGAUCGUGGGCAUUUAUAUGACAUCCAGAGUGAAGAUGGGCGAUAAACUGUCAUAAAUCGCGGGAGAAUGAGCUGCGGAGUAUUAUUGGGAUCACAAUGUUCCAUUCCACAUUUAGUCAUCGGUAAAGAGGAUUCUAGAGGAAUGACUGCAUAUCUGCGAGAUCAUUGUGAGAUCGGGGAGAACCUUCCUGAUACCAAUGUGCGAAUUUGGUAUAUUACUGCAUGUGGUUAUACUCGUGCGAUUCUAGGUGACUUAACAUCCAUUCUGUGUCUGUGAAUAUCGUCCGUUAUAUCGUCUUGGACACACAUUCUACUUUUCUUUUUUCUUGAGACAUAAAAAUAGCGAAGAUUAUGUAUGAAAGUUGCAAUAGGCCGCAGUUUUUAUCAGAAAGCGUAAUUCUUGUUUCACACUCCGAGUGCGUUAUAGCGCUCGCUUUCGCUUUCGUUAAUGUAUAUAUGUCUUGUCGAUGUAAGUAAAGUAUCAAUACAAAAUACUAUAAUCUAUCCUUUACAUUUUAAUCGUGUAUCUAAUCGUUAGCCAACUAAUGUGGGGAGAUAGUUUAUAAAAGUUAGCACGGAUUGUCAAUCCCUUAAAAAGUAUUAAAAAUAUUUAUUUAACAACUGUAUAAAAGUUUCGGACUAUCAGAGGUAAUAGUCGUCACCGUUACUGCUUUCUCUGUUAAAAAGAAGACUCCAAGGAAGGAGACUUGUGCCUACCUCUGAUAUGAAUAACAAUUGUAAACAUUCUUGUAAAUGUACAAUAUUAUAUAAUAAUAGUUGUCGAUCUCCGUAAAAAUAUAUAUCCCAAUAAAGAUGUAACUAAA